AAGAGAGACACACACACACACACAGAGAGAGAAAGAGAGACACACACAACAAAAAUUAUUGAUUGCAAAUGGACAGUUUGGGUGGGAGGCUAGCAGCCACCUCUUACUGACUUCCCUUUUAACAAGAGGCAGACAUUGAAACAGGAUCAAUACAGAUGUAACCGCACCACGUCUGAAGCAACACGGAGUCCUUUUUAAUGGGAUAUUGUGAAGAAUAGACUUUACUACCUUACUGCAGACGCAACAUUUUGAACUCAGUUGCCUAUACAGGAACAUGAGCAGGAAGUCCCCGGUGGCUGGCCUGGUGGCUGGCCUGGUGUUUCUUUUUCUGGUAGCUGCCCUGCUGGCUGCAGUAGGAGUGCUCGUGUGUGUGUACGUGGGAAACAAGAACCCCAUCUCACCCUCAGACCAUUUCUACUCAAAAGCUGCCGUGGCUACAGAUGCUGGGAUAUGCUCUGAGGUGGGGAGGGACAUCCUGAAGAGGAACGGCUCAGCGGUGGAUGCAUCUAUCGCCGCCCUGCUGUGUGUUGGCCUCCUGAACGCUCACAGCAUGGGCAUUGGAGGGGGUCUCUUCUUCAACAUCUACAACGCUUCCACAGGGAAGGUAGAAACCAUUGACGCGAGGGAGACAGCACCCAUGAACGCGACGGAAGACAUGUUUGGCAAUAACACCCAGCUUCCUAAGAAAGGUGGAUUGUCUAUAGCCAUUCCAGGGGAGAUCCGUGGUUACGAGAUGGCACACAGGAGACACGGCAGGCUGCCAUGGAAGGAGCUGUUUGAGCCAAGCAUUCAGUUGGCACGCGUAGGUUUCCAUAUAGGCAAAGCCCUGGCCAAGGCCAUCGCCAGCAACAAGGACGCUAUUCAAGGAGAUGCCAAUAUGUGUGAAGUGUUCUGUGACUCCCAGAAAAAGAUCCUGAAGGAAAAUGAUAUCAUUAAAUUUCCCAAACUAGCAGACACCUACAGGAGGAUAGCGGAGGAAGGACCUGAUGUUUUUUACAAUGGGACAAUGGCACAGACAAUUGUUGAUGACAUCCAAGCAGCAGGUGGGAUUAUCACCCUGGAGGACCUGUUGGACUACAGGCCUGUGUUGAAUGAGAACCCACUGAAGCUGACUGUGGGCGAGUACACCAUGCACGUCCCAGACGCCCCCUCCAGCGGCCCAGUCCUGGCACUCAUACUCAACAUAGUGGACGGGUAUAACUUCACUAGCUCAAGUGUUUCAACGGCCGAGAAAAAGACUCUGACGUAUCACCGCAUCGUGGAGGCUUUCCGGUUUGCUUAUGCCAAGAGGAGCAAACUAGGGGAUCCACGAUAUCUCAAUAUCACUGAUCUCAUCCACAACAUGACCUCAGACUACUUUGCUGACGGGAUCAGGAGCAAGAUCACAGAUGACACCACUCAACCAGACAGCUACUACGAGCCAGAUUAUUUUGUCAAAGACAAUCAUGGGACAGCACACCUGUCCGUCAUAGCUGAGGAUGGAAGUGCUGUGGCUGCCACCAGCACAAUCAAUAAUUAUUUUGGCUCCAAAGUCAUGUCCCAAUCAACUGGCAUCAUUUUCAAUGAUGAGAUGGAUGACUUCAGCUCUCCGUACAUCAACAACGGCUUUGGAAUCCCUCCAUCUCCUAACUUAAUCCAGCCUGGUAAAAGGCCUCUCUCUUCUAUGUGCCCAACUAUUCUCCCCGACAAAGACAAUAGAGUGAAAAUGGUGGUGGGAGCCUCUGGUGGAACAAAGAUCAUCACAGCAACUGCCCUAGUGAUUCUGAAUACCUUGUUCUUUGACUACGACCUCAAAAAAGCUGUGACACUACCUCGAAUUCACAAUCAACUCAAACCAAAUACGACUGUAGCGGAGGACGACUUUGAAAAGAGUGUAUUAGAUGGCCUGGAAAAGAAGAACCAUGUAAGAACCAGGCCCCUGUAUAAUGAUUCAGUGGUUCAGGCGGUGGUGAGACAGGGCGAGCGGCUCUGUGCCGAGUCUGACCACAGGAAAGGGGGCUAUCCAGCGGGCUACUGAGUCUUACCUCACCCCUUCCUUCCCAAACCUGGAGUGUACCUCCAAAAAGAGGCAGGGAUAGAGCUAAGUAUCUGGAAAGACACGCAAACAAUGCCUCCUCAAGGUUACACAGCCACUCUCUUCAGCUGAGAUUCAUUUCAAGACAUGGAAAAUGACUUUACUCCACAUCAAUACCUCCUCCCUUCACACCAAAUAAUCGGCAGCAUUUCUGCUUUUAUUUCAGCAUUAUUCAUUAUUUAUUUUUGUGUUUUGAAAAAGAAGUGAGGUUGCAACUCUGAAAGUGGCAUUUUUUUUAUCCUAGCUGUAUCAAGAGAUCAUCAUUAUCGAUUAUCCUGAAGAUGGAAGUUUAUUAAUGCAAUGCAGUGGGGUAGCAGAAAGCUGGACUGCAACUUUCGAUUCCUGCUGGAUGUAAAUACCAAUGGGCUAGAACUUUAUGGACGCCAUGAAUCUUCUGAUAUACAUUAUGAAAUAGUUUGCCUAGGAAAUUUUAGCCAACAUUUUAAUCAAAUUACUCUGUGAUGAUGAGCGAUCAUUCUGUUUGACAGAAAAAUAGCCAUUUAUCUGAGAUUUAAGGAAAGCAAUGUUUUAGGGGAGAAUAUGAACACCAAUAUGGAAGGUUGUCAAAGUAGUUUGUCUGUCCAUUGAACAAAUCAAAUGUAGAGAAAUGACUGUUUUAUCUCUCCAUCAAGGAAAAAUGGUCUGUAUGUUUUAACCUCAGGCCUUAACCUCAGGUCUUAACUGGUCAGGUUGCUAUAUCUGUUGGUGUUUUAUGGGUUGGCUAAAUCACCAACAGAUCUGGCAACCAGGCUACAGGUCUACCAUCUGCCUUAUGAAGAUGUUGGUCACAGGUAGCGACAUUUUAUCUUUCAUGAGGAAGCAUAUUCUGAUCUGUUAACUGAAAACUGUGAUUUCUGUUUUUCUGAUUUCAUCUCAACUCUGACCGUUGCCCAUGGGGGCCUAUUGUUAACAAGGGCUCAAAUAUGGCUGCCAUUUAACUAUUCAAAUGGUAUUUUUAUAUUUUUUUGUGAUGCAGAAUGUUGAGAAAAACACAUCAAUUGUUAAUGUUUAAUAUGGAGUAAGACCAUAGCAGUACAGUGAAUGUAUAGUGUAUUUUACAUUUGCGUAUAUAUAUUUUUAAACAUGCAUUGUUCUCAUGCCAUGCUUGUUAUUAAAAUGUUUAAAAUAA